AUGCGCCUCUUUUCCACCUGGCUUAGUGGGCUGGCCUUCAGCCCACUGGCUCUCGCCUUUUGGCCCUCAUCAGACGUCUACAACUCUGUGCAGGUCCCGGAAAGCCCGUAUAACAACGAUCAGCCCAAGGUCAAAGUCGAGACGCUAUUCCAAUUCCCCAACAAUGGCUCGUGGAUCGACAACAUGGUCGUUCGAUCUGAUGGAAACCUACUCCUCACGCGCCUUGAUACCCCAGAGGUCUGGCAAGUCAACACUACCAGUGGAAAUGCGACCCUCGUGCACUCGUUCCCCAACGUGACCAGCUGCUUCGGAAUCAGCGAGAUCGCAGACGACGUGUUCGCCGUCGUUAUCGGAGAUUUCGAUUCCAAGACCUACCAGCCCACUGCUGGCUCGUUCAGUGUUCAGAAGUUGGAUUUCAGCAAAAAGAAUGCCACCCAAGAUGAGCGCGCUCUGGCGGGGCCCACUGCCUCAGAGAUCGCAGCAGUACCCGAAUCCCUGGCCCUGAACGGCAUGGCUACCUUCGCACAGGACUCCAACCUGGUUUUGGUCGCCGACAGCCUCAUGGGUGUCAUUUGGAAGGUCGACACCGAGACUGGAGACUAUGCCGUCGCAUUGAACCAUACCACCAUGACGGCGGCUCCGGGCCCGCUUCCUCUCGGUAUCAACAGUUGCACCGUCCUCGGCGAAUAUGUGUACUACACCAGCACCACGCGCAUGCAGUACUGCCGCGUCAAGGUCGACAAGGAAGCAAACGCGGUUGGUGACUAUGAGGUCAUUGCCAGCGGUUUCCUGCCGGAUAACAUUGAGCUCACGCCCGAUGGAACUGCGUAUAUCCCCACCGACCCUCAGAAUGGUGUUGUCCGUAUCACGCCCCUCGGCCAAAUCGCCCUGGUUGCAGGUGGUCAGAUCUCAAUGGAGAUGCCGGGUCCCACAUCGACGCGGUUGAGCAAAGAUCGUGAUGUGCUCUAUGUUGGUACGAGCGGUGGUCAAAUCGCACCCGUUCUCGGCACAUUCACUGAGCCGGCGAAGGUUGUGAAAAUAACGCUGCAGUCAUGA